UAUCCGCGGGGCAAGGAAGAUGUACGGGACGAGGCGCCAGCAGCAGCCUUUGUCUGGUUCGGUUGACUGUCGAGGGAACGGAAGUAACGAGCCGACGUGGGAGGAGGAGAAGGUGGUCGUUCCUCGUUUCUUGUCGAUGUGACGUCAACCAAUAGAUAAUCCGCAAUCGCGAUCUCUUUCUCUCUCUCUCUCUGUCUCCGUGUUCUAUGGGAGAUCGGAAUCACGUCCGACCCAGUUUCCUGCAUUUUUAACGAGAUCGGUAUCUGAGAUUCCGUGAGGAUCUCCGCUUCGCCUUGUGCGCGUGAUCUCUCUCUUUCUCUCUCUCUCUCUCUCUCUUUUAGUUUUCUCUCUUUUAGUUUUCUACUCUGGUUCACGCUUGAAUGAGAUGGACGUGUGAGAUUUCAGCCUCUUCUUGCCGUCACCGCCCUUCUCUCUUUCCAUCUGACACCAUUUUCUUCUCUUGUUCAUACAAUUAACGAGUUGGGUAUCCGACAUUCUGUGAGAAAUUUGAACGGUUCUUUGGGUUUUGGGUAGUGGGGAGCCAAGAAUGGGGGAGGAGGAAAUGGGGAAGGAUGGCGAGGAAGAAACGCUCGUUGGGUCUGAUGAAGUGAAGGAAAAGAGGAAGGCUUUCCUGUUGGGAAUUGCAUCACCUGUUCUCUGGUUGAGGAUGCUGGCGAGUGAGAUGCAUUGGAGCUUCGUGGCUGGGGUGAUCGUGGUGUAUGGGGUCGGCCAGGGGAUCGGCGGAUCGCUGAACCGAUUGGCGUCAGAUUAUUACUGGAAGGACGUACAGAUGGUUCAACCGUCUGCUGCCCAGGUUUACCAGGGGAUCACAGGCUUCCCAUGGAUGGUGAAGCCCCUCUGGGGUCUUCUCACCGACGUUCUCCCCAUAUUCGGGUACCGGAGACGGCCAUACUUCGUGUUUGCCGGUAUCAUAGGAGUCUUUUCCAUGCUUCUGUUAGCGCUGCACAAACAGCUGCAUGUUCUGUUUGCAUUGCUAGCUCUGAUUGGUGGAAGUGCUGGGGCGGCAAUAGCUGAUGUGACCAUAGAUGCAUGUGUGGCACAAAAUAGUAUACAUCAUCCUCCACUGGCUGCUGACAUGCAAAGCUUGUGCGGAUUUAGCUCUUCCAUUGGAGCAUUGCUUGGAUUUUCUGUCAGCGGGUUUCUGGUUCAUCACAUAGGUGCCCAGGGAGUGCUUGGGCUGCUGAGUGUCCCAGCUGCACUUGUCUUUAUGAUUGGACUGGUGCUAGAUGAACCACAUGUUCCAAGAGAUUCCAUCAGUCAGGUGUAUGAAAGGCUUCUGGAAGCUGCGGGGUCCAUGUGGAAAACAUUGAAAUGUCCAGUGGUUUGGAGGCCAUGCUUGUACAUGUAUCUUUCUCUUGCUUUGAGCCUGAACAUUCACGAGGGGAUGUUUUAUUGGUAUACAGACUCUAAAUCUGGCCCCAGCUUUUCUCAGGAGAUCAUUGGAUUUAUAUAUUGCAUUGGUGCUGUUGGUUCUCUUCUUGGGGUGCUUCUUUACCAUAAUAUACUAAAGAAUUAUUCAUUUCGAAGCCUGCUAUUCUGGAGUCAGCUGCUUUAUGGUCUCUCAGGAAUGCUGGAUUUGGCUUUAGUAUUGAGGCUUAACUUAAAGUACAACAUGCCUGAUUAUCUUUUUGUCGUGAUUGAUGAAGGCGUAUCACAAAUGAUCAAUCGCAUCAAGUGGUUGCCUCUUCUUGUACUCAGUGCCAAACUUUGUCCUACAGGGAUUGAAGGAACAUUUUUUGCAUUGCUAAUGUCUAUCGACAACAUUGGUGUAUUCAGUUCAUCAUGGGGUGGAGGACUGCUGCUCCAUAUCCUCAACGUUACGCGUACUGAAUUCAGUAAUUUGUGGGUGGCCAUAAUUUUGCGCAAUCUAUUGAGAUUAUUACCACUUUCAUUGCUGUUUUUGGUGCCCAAAAGUGACAAUAAUUCUCAGAUACUUCCUACAGAGUUUUCCUCACCCAAAGAAGCUAUAGAAAUGCUUGAAUCAGAUAAGAUAGAAUUAGUUUCCCUUGUUCACAACACUCAAUGAUUCGGAUAUAACAGAAGUUGUAUAAUUUUGUAUUUGCAAA